AAAGCCGAGCGGCGGCAGUCAUGGACACACGCGCCUUUUAUCGCAGGCAGGACGUCGGGACGCCGCGCGGCGGGGGCGCGCACCGGAGCCCGCGGACAGCGCUGGUGCCCCGCUUCCUGCGCUGCCGGGCAGCCGUGCUGCCCUCCAUGCUGACGUUCCUGGUCAUCGUGGCGUCCGGAGGCCUACUGCUCAUGAUAGAGAAAGGAAUGCUGAACAGCAUGGAGACCUCUCUCCCCCGGAGGAGCGCGGCGCGACCGGAGCACGGCCCGGCCGGGAGGCGCCGUCCCGUUGCCGCGGACAUGGACACCCAGAUCCUCCAGGAGCUCCGCAACAGGACGAUUCACACCAUGUGCAGCCAGAAAGACUUGGUUGACAACAUCUGGUCGCUCAGCGAUCUGCAGAGGAAGAUCGUGCUGCAGCACGUCCUGGUGAACGACGAGCACCGCUUCCUUUACUGCUACGUCCCAAAGGUGGCGUGCUCCAACUGGAAGAGGCUGAUGAAGAUGCUGAGUGGAGCCCUGAAAUUCAACGACUUCAGGAGCAAGCUGGACCACCACCACGACCUGGUCUUUCUCUCCUCCUUGAAGCCAGACGAGAUUCGCUACCGCCUCAAGCACUACUUCAAGUUCAUGUUUGUGCGGGACCCCAUGGAGCGCCUGCUCUCCGCCUACAGGAAUAAGUUCGGAGAGAUCGAGUCCUACCAGAAGUCCUACGGCGUGAAGAUCAUAAAGCGCUACAGGAAGGUGGAUUCAGCGAAAGGCGACGACGUGACCUUCACAGAGUUUAUCAAAUACCUGGUGGAUGAGAACGAGGAACGCAUGAAUGAGCACUGGAUGCCCAUAUACACUCUGUGCCAGCCUUGUGCUGUUACUUACGACUUCAUUGGAUCCUAUGAGCACCUUGAAAGAGACUCCGAGUACGUGCUGCAGCACAUUGGAGCGCCCUCGCACAUCCGCUUCCCGGAGAGACAGACGUGGUACAAGCCAGUCACCAAAGAGAUACUACACUAUUACCUGUGUACUGUUCCACAGAAACUACUGAAAGAACUCUUCUUGAAAUACAUUUUAGACUUUUCUCUAUUUGCUUAUGCCCUCCCCAACACGACCACAGAAGAUUGCCGGCACUAAACACGUUUGCACAUGUAAAAAAACAUGUUUUUCUAGAGCGUUAUUUACAUUGUUUUUCCUGGGGAACAAACUUUUUUUUGUCAGUAUUUUACACAUACAUGUUACACUUUUUUAAGUGAGGACGUUUGCAUAUUAAAAAAAAAUGAAAAUAAUCGAUAGGACAUCUAAAAGUCGGCUGGGUGUGAAGAAAUCUGAUUUAUAGAUUUAUGCUCAUUAGACUGUCAAAAUGAAUCUUAUGUGGGUCAUAUAUGAGAAAGUAGAGUAAAAGGGUUUGGGCAACAAAAAAAAAAAAAAUUAACUGACUCAAAUCUCAGCAAUCUGACUUUUCCGCAUAAAGUGUUGCAAUUGAAUUCAUGAGAAAAGGUGACUUCCUCUUUUGUAGGAAAAAAAAAAAAGCAGAUAUUAGAUUUUUGUUUUGCCCGCAGCAUGAAAGUAGCCUUAAAAAAAACCCACAAACCUUUAAGGUUGUGUUCUGCGUUACAUAGGAGUGAAGUUACA